AUGGAUAUGGGUGGUGGAGCAAGGCAAAAAGUGAGAAAGCAAAGGGCAGACAGAGGAAGGAGAAGUUGGAGCAGGCAAGAGGAAGAAGUUCUAAUUGGGGCUCUGAAAGGAAUUGUCACUACUGGAUGGAAAGCAGAUAAUGGAUUCAGAAUGGGGUUUUUGAACGUUCUAGAACAGGAACUGAGGAAACAAAUGCCUGAAACUGAUUUACAAGGAGUGCCACACAUCAACUCCAAGAUUCAUGUGUGGAAGAAAGACUACGCCAGCUUGUGCACAAUGCUUGCAAGGUCUGGCAUAGGUUGGAAUGAAAGCACAAUGACGAUCGAGACAACGGACGACACAUGGGCUGAUUAUGUUAAGGUAACCAAUUUUUGGCCAUACUACUAUGACUGGAUCCACAUUUUUGGAAAAGAUCGGGCGACGGGCGAACAAGCCGAGGACAUUCUCGAUGCGGUCAGCAAUGUCAACAUUGGAAAUCCUGAUAUAUCACAUACCCCAGAAACACAACCAACUGAUGAUUUUGGACUUGACCAAGAUGAAAAUGUUCCAGAAACAUUGUCUGAAAACAUCCCGCCUUUCUCAAGUGGAGGUAAGAAAAGUAGCGGCCGCAAACGGAAAUCAAUUGAAUCUGCUGAUCCUUUAUGUGAUGUCAUGAGAAGCUUCUCUGAAAAUACUAGUGCUCGGUUAUGUGAAAUUGCAAAACGAAUCGGUUAUGAGUACGAUGUGUCCCAAGCACGAAAGGAUGUGUUUGUUGUAGUUCGUGGCAUUGAGGGUUUGAACUUGCAGGAACAACUUUUCAUAUCGAAGAUACUUGUGAAGAACACGGAUGAGCUAGACUUGUUCUUCAGCUUGGAUGAGGGUGCAAAAGCAGAAUUCGUUCGGAUGAAAUUAACAGGGACCUUUUAG